AUGGCAGACUCUCUGUGCAAGCAGUGCCAUCCAUCAACAAAGACUACUUCAAAAACUGCUAAGGCACGUGGCAAGUGGGGUAGCAAGAAGGAGUUCAUCCUGUCUGUGGCUGGUGCUAUUAUAGGACUUGGCAAUGUGUGGAGAUUUCCAUAUCUUUGCUACAAGAACGGUGGGGGUGCGUUCCUUAUUCCCUACACCCUGUUCCUUGUCACCUGCGGAAUCCCCCUGUUUGUACUGGAAGCAGCACUGGGCCAGUACACCAGUCUGGGGGGAAUCGUGUGCUGGAGGAAGAUCUGCCCAUUGUUUGAAGGAAUGGGAUAUGCCAGCCAAAUGAUAAUUUUUUAUGGAAAUAUCAGCUACGUUGUGAUUUUAGCCUGGGCAUUCCUCUACUUCUUCUCUUCUUUCUCUGGAGUUUUGCCAUGGUCCACUUGUAAUAACACGUGGAAUACAGAUCAUUGCAUGGAAAUAAACAACUAUAAUGCCACUGCUAACUGGACCUCCCCUCUGAAUGCAUCAUCAUCAUCUGUUAUAGAGUUUUGGCAGCGAAGAGUGUUGAAUAUUUCCCCUGGCAUAGAGACUUUGGGAGGCAUACGGUGGGACCUUUCUUUGUGCCUUCUUUUGUCUUGGGUCAUCUGCUACUUUUGUGUCUGGAAGGGAGUGAGAUCCACAGGAAAGGCUACCUACUUUACAGCCACAUUCCCCUUCCUCUUGUUAGUAGUCCUGCUUUUCAGAGGAAUGACCCUUCCCGGAGCUUUCCAUGGUAUCAAGUACUACCUGUACCCCAAUCCUUCACGCCUUGCUGAUCCGCAGGUCUGGAUGGAUGCUGGAACACAAAUAUUUUAUUCCUAUGCUUUAUGCUUGGGAUACCUGACCACAUUUGGGAGUUACAACAAGUACAACAACAACUGUUACAGGGACUCCUUCUAUCUUUGCUUGUUGAACAGUGGAACCAGCUUCACGUCUGGAUUUGCCAUUUUCUCAGUUCUGGGCUACAUGUCACAAAAGCAGGGUGUUGACAUUUCCACUGUUGCUGAGUCAGGUCCUGGCCUUGUCUUCAUAGUCUACCCACAAGCUGUGACCUUGCUGCCUUGGCCUCAGGUGUGGUCUGUGUGUUUCUUCACCAUGAUCAUCUUGUUAGGAAUCGAUAGUCAGUUUGCUGGGCUUGAAAACAUCAUGACAUCGUUAGCAGAUGUCUAUCCUUCCCAUAUCCAAAAGGGGUGUCGCAGGGAGCUUUACUUAAUACUCAUCUGUGCUGUUUGCUAUGUGUUGGGUCUGUUUUUGGUGUCAGAGGCUGGUGCAUACAUCCUGCAGAUCUUUGAUCAUUAUGUGUGCAGUGGUCCAACUCUUCUUCUGAUGGCAAUCUUCCAGUCUGUGAUUAUUGGAUGGAUUUAUGGAGCUGAACGUUUCUAUGACAACAUUGAAGAUAUGGUUGGUUACAGACCUCUGUUUAUCUUCAAGUAUUGCUGGCUGUAUGUCACCCCUCUUAUAUGCAGUGGAACACUUAUCUUUUUGCUCUUGAGAUACACUCCAAUGAGGUUCAACAACACUUAUGUGUAUCCAUGGUGGGCAUACUGUGUUGGCUGGUUUCUGGCCAUGUCAUCAUUGUCUAUGAUCCCCAUCAACAUGAUCUGCAAACUGGCCAAAGAAAAGGGGACUCUAUGGCAGCGUAUCAAGACAAGUUCUCAGCCAGCAGAUGAUCUCCCAGUGAUGGCAAAGGAAAUGGCAAGCACCAGUGCUUCACUACGACAUCGUAAUGAUGGAGAAAAUCACCGUAUGCUAUCAAAAUGCUAGUCUUGUCCUCAAAUACAAUGCAUAGAGUAACAGAAUAAUGAUAUAUACUAUAAUCCCCUUCAUAAUCAGUGUACAUUCAUAUAGUGGUAUAUUUGCAGAAACAAUGCCUCAGUUCUCGAACUAUCUUCCUAUUUUGUUAUGUUUUAAGGUUUUUGACUGCAGCCUUUGUGCGGUGGGUAUGUGGGCACUAGUAUAUAGCAGCACAUAUGAUGUGAGAACUCCAUAAACAUGCAAUGAGCAGUUUACAUUGUGUCCUCUCUAAUACUGUAACUUUUUGUUUUCCGUGUCACACAGCUUGACACAAAGGGGCAAGCUACAUAAAUGUGCAGAUUCAGAAGAGAGAAGGGACAGCAGAAAUUUUCACAAAAUUCCUGUAGAGUUGUGAGGCAUUUCUUUGUAUUUUAGAACAUUACCAUUGUAAAAAAAAAUGGAUAAAUACGCUUUAAUUUCUAGAAUUUACAACUUUGUACUCACUAAGUGGUCUAUUAUAUUUCUACCUGAACAUGUUUACUUUAAAUGUUGUUUACAAACUGUAAACAGUUGUGGUUUAUUAUUGCCUUUGGGGAUUUUCUUUUAAUG